CUGGCUAGUACAUUGCUUGAUCUCGACUGGUAAAGUUGGCAGCGACUUAAUUUUGAGCUUGUAUAUUAAUCUAACCUAAAAAUGCUGCAUUUAGUCGUCUUGCUUGUAGCGGCAGUGGCUGCUUCAGCUAAUGUCAUCAACGAAAACUAUUGCCCUGUGUUGAAGCCGGUAGAAAACUUCAAUUUAACAGCGUAUCAAGGCACGUGGUACGAGAUCUCCAAGUACCCAAAUUCAGCGGAGAAGAAUGGCAAAUGCGGCUCAGUUGAGUACAAGCUCGACGGCGAAGUGUUGAAGGUGAAGGACAUUCACGUGGUCGACGGAGUUCAGACGUACGCUGAAGGCACGGCCAAGCUAGCUGCCGAUGCGAAUAAGGCUGGGAAGCUGGUCGUCUCGCUUAAGUUUGGAGAUGUGACUAAGGACUCCCCACUGAACAUUCUUGCGACGGACUACACUCACUACGCCAUUGCACACAACUGCAAAUACGACGAGAAGAACAAGAACCAGCAAGAUUUUGCCUGGGAAAUCCUAUCACGAAGCAAGAAACUAGAGGGUGAAGCCAAGACCGCCGUGGACAACUACCUGAAGGCCAACGCUAAGGAGCUGGACACCAGCAAGUUCGUGCAGACCGACUUCUCCGAGGCUGCCUGCAAGUUCACCAGCACCAACCUUAUCACUGAAGCUGUGAAGCACCAUUGAGAACCCUGAACCAGUUCACUGACCGAAAGUCGCAAAUUUUGAUACAUCAUAUAAAGAAAAAUAAUGUGCAUUACAUUUAAUCUUCUUCGUAUUUGUAGAACCGUGCUAGUUAACUGACCGAAAGUCGCAACUUUUGAUACAUCAUAUAAAGAUAAAUAAUGUGACAUUUAAUCUUCGUUUUUGUAUGCUAUAGCUUUUUGCUGCCAGCCCUAAACCUUAUAGCAGGGCGUUAAAAUCUACCAACGGUCAGUGUUUAAUGUGUAAGUUCUUAAAUUCAUUCCUUAUUACGAUAUAAACAACACAGCCUAUUGUCUUUUAUAAGUGAAAAAAAACAGUUUUUGUUUGCUAUAGCUUUUUGCUGCCAGACCUAAAUCUUAUAGCAGGGCGUUAAAAUCUACCAACGGUCAGUCUUAUUAUGUAUAAGUUCUUAACGUUAUUCUGUAUAACGAUAUAAAUAACACAUCCUUUUCUCUUUUAUAUCUGAAAUAUAUCGUUAUGACUGUCUCUUUCCCUUUGUAGUCUUAAGGUUAAGGAUUCUCAAGUUUAAUUGGAAAAAGGCUCUUACCUAUAUACUAUGCAUUUUUCUCUUUUUUCUGGUGAUUUAUAUGAAAAUUUACUAACAAGUUCACAGUUUGUAGUAUUUUGCUGCUGUUUAAGCUAUUCUAACUACUUUACAUUUAAUAUGUGAUAAUUUAUGUUAGUUCGUUCAGAACUUAGUUGAAUAAUUGUGUAAUAAAGAUAUGCUUUUUCUUUCUCA